GACUUUAAUUUUUUGCUCUAAAUUUUUUAUUAGGAAAAAAAUACAAAAAAUAAAAAAAGUUACAAAGAGGUAAAAAAAUAUCUAUCUAGUAUCUAUCCAAAUAGUGAGUUGAAUGGGAUAGGAAUAGUAGUACUGCUGACUAUUAGUAUUUGACUUGGAGCAGCAUUCAUGAGCUAGUUAGCUAGCAUCUGCAUCCGGACAUAAUCAACACGCGCCCGUUCAGUGUGACAGAAAACAACGGAACACAAACAAACCAUAAACAAACCCCAAACCAUACCAAACCAAAAUGCUUCCUUCCGACAAACUUCGAUCUGAGUGUGUGAGUAUGUGUUAGUUAAUUAGUUAGUUAGUUAGUUACAACUGUAUUCAUUGAUUCACUCACUCACUCACUCACUCUCAGAGUCACAGUUGAGUUAGUAGCAACAGUACAGAAAAAAAAAGAUGAAUAGCAGUAACGGAGGGAUGAUGGGUUUCAGUAAAUCAUCAGCAGCAGCAACAGCAGCAGCAGCAGCAGCAGCAGCAGGAUCAGCAUCAUCAUCACCUUUCACAGUGUCUCAGUGGCAGGAACUUGAACAUCAAGCUUUGAUCUUUAAAUAUAUGGUUGCUGGUCUUCCUGUUCCACCUGAUCUUGUCCUUCCCAUUCAGACUACUGCCUUUCAUUCCAACAAUUUCUUUCAUCAUCCUAUUCCCACUUUGAGUUAUUGUUCCUUCUAUGGGAAGAAGGUGGACCCCGAGCCAGGAAGAUGUAGGAGGACUGAUGGAAAAAAGUGGAGAUGCGCGAAGGAAGCAUACCCAGACUCCAAGUACUGUGAGCGCCACAUGCACCGUGGCCGCAACCGUUCAAGAAAGCCUGUGGAAUCACAAACUAUGGCACAGUCGUCAUCCACUGUGACAACUGUCGCUGGUGGCGGCAGCAUACCUGGAAACUUCCAGAACCUUCCCACAACAAAUUCCUUUGGUAGUCUUCAAAAUACUACUGCUUCUGGAACUGACCGUGCUGAUUAUCAUCUUGAUACCAUUCCCUAUGGGAUUCCAAGUAAAGAAUACAGGUAUCUUCAAGGUCUUAAAUCUGAGGGUGGAGAACAUAGCUUCUACGCAGAAGGUUCGGGAGGAGGCAACAAGGGUCUCCAAAUGGAGUCGCGGCUGGAAAAUGCAUGGCCUUUGAUGUCAACCAGAGUUUCCUCUUAUUCUGCAUCAAAAUCAAGUAAUGAUUCCAUGUUGCAAAGUGAUUAUCCCCGGCAUUCAUUUUUAUCUAGUGAAUAUGGAUCUGGUCAAGCUGUGAAGGAAGAGGGCCAGCCUCUUCGACCCUUUUUCAACGAAUGGCCUAAGAGGAGGGAGUCAUGGUCAGGUCUAGAAGAUGAGAGAUCCAACCAAACAGCCUUCUCCACAACUCAACUCUCAAUAUCCAUACCUAUGUCAUCUUCUGAUUUCUCUGGCACAAGCUCUCAGUCGCCACACGAUAACUAGAGCAGUCAUUCAGGAUCUUCAAAGCAAUUUUAUGGAAGGACCAAACAAAUCUAGUUGGAUAAGUGUGGUCCGGUGAAAUCCUGUAUUCGUGUAUUUUCUUUCAUUGAAGCUGAUUUGUGUACAACUUGAUGCAGUUCGUUGUAAGAAAAACCAGCAUCUACUCAUCUUGUGGCAGGAGUGGAUACUUGUAGAACUCUGGGACAUUCUUCGUUUUGGAUUACAUGAACAAGCAGAAAUAUUUCCGUUCUGAAUUUUAUGUAUGUCUAAUAAAGUUACUACUGGUUUUGUUCUUGUAAUUUUACGCACUCCUUCGAGGUUAACUGAGUUUUUCGGUGCUUUCAUUUGCAAGGGCUUGUUAUUUUCAGUUUUUCA